AUUCUGAAAACUUAGCAAGAAGCGUCAAGUCGUUGUCGUCGCGUGCUUAAUUGUUGAAUUUAAUUUUUCGCUGGUCGAGUGUAUUUCAUUAACAAGCUAAAAUGCCGCAACUGCAAAAGCCCGCUCCCGAAUUCGCCGGUACCGCUGUGGUCAAUGGCGUCUUCAAGGACAUUAAGCUUAGCGACUACAAGGGCAAGUACUUGGUGCUUUUCUUCUACCCCUUGGACUUUACCUUUGUGUGCCCCACUGAGAUUAUUGCUUUCUCGGAGAAGGCAGCCGAGUUCCGCAAGAUUAACUGUGAGGUUAUUGGCUGCUCCACUGACAGCCAGUUCACCCAUUUGGCUUGGAUCAAUACUCCACGCAAGCAGGGCGGUCUUGGCAGCAUGGACAUUCCUUUAUUGGCAGAUAAGUCCAUGAAGGUGGCACGCGACUACGGUGUGCUGGAUGAGGAAACCGGCAUUCCCUUCCGCGGUCUCUUCAUCAUCGAUGACAAGCAGAAUCUACGCCAGAUCACCAUCAACGAUUUGCCAGUAGGUCGCAGCGUCGAUGAGACCAUGCGUCUGGUGCAGGCCUUCCAGUAUACCGAUGAAUUCGGCGAGGUGUGCCCUGCCAACUGGAAGCCCGGACAGAAGACCAUGGUGGCCGAUCCCACCAAGUCCAAGGAGUACUUUGGUUCCACCGCUUAAGCUUAGCUUAUCAAUAUUGUGCUGUGCGGGAGCGAUAGAGUUCAAGCGUCGCACACACACAUGCACUAAAGGAGGCUGCUCACACAACCCUACAUACUUUAUAAAGUAUAUAUAUAUACUACUACAUAUACAAGCGUAACUAAUCGUAGAUACACACACACAUACACAUAAAUUAAAACUCUAGAGCGCUACGGCAUACAUAUUUAUGUAGCAAGUAAGCCCAAAAACAACACUCACAUACAUAUGUAAUUUAAGCGAAAAGUUUCAAACUAAAGCAAAAACUAAUUCCUGUUUCUUGCAACAAUAAAGCCGUAUUGAAUAAUCACCAUACA